GUUCAGUGUCAUGAUGAUCAAUCAGGGAGGAACAACUCUGUCGUCAACUUUUGGGACUAUGUUUUGACUGCCAUCUAUAAUGAAGCGCGAAGCAAACAGAUGCGCAAAUACAAUGAGAUCACAAGCACGGUAACGUGCCCAUGCAAAAAAUGAAUUUACACAGAGCACAGAGGAUUUUCAACAAGAGAUAAUAAUGCACGCAUACUACAGUAAUGAGAUUAUUUUUACUGUUGCCUUUAAUCCGCAGUGGAUCCUGUCUUAGCAGUGAAUCAUCAACUAAUCAGAGAGAUUGUGAAAGAAAUUACGCGAUGCGUGUAUGUAAACCAUUCAAGAACGUGAACUUGAAUUACAUUCCUUCCAUCUUCGUAAGAAAGGGUUGGUACUUCUGAGUGAAGCAGCUGUUCAGAACGCAAGCAUAAAUCGUGUCCAAGGCCAACGUGAAUAAAGCUCGAAAAAAUUGGAUCGAAUUCGGCUCUUUACUUUGUGUAUUUAAAUCAAAGAGUUAGUAAUAUAUAUUUAAUAGAAGUAGAAUAAUAUAUAUUAAUAUAUUAAAAAAUAAAAAGUUUUAUUUUUAUAAUUAUCAAAACAUUUUAAUAAUUAUUGUAGCAUAAUCUUGUAAAUUACAAGUUUUUAAGAAACAUCACAAUAUGGACAAACCUGUAUCUUCUGAUAUUGUACUUAUUGCUGGUAAUUCUCAUCCUGAGCUUGCAAAUCUUAUCGCAAAUCGGUUGGGUGUUAAGCAUGGAGGAUGUUCUGUAUAUCAUAAAUCAAAUCGUGAAACUAUGGUCGAAAUUGGCGAUUCUGUACGUAGUAAAGACCUUUACAUUAUUCAAACUGGCACCAAGGAUGUAAAUAACAACAUAAUGGAACUUUUGAUUAUGGCAUAUGCAUGCAAAACUUCUUCAGCAAAAAAUAUUGUCGGAGUUAUUCCAUAUUUACCUUAUUCUAAGCAAUGCAAAAUGCGUAAACGUGGUUGUAUAGUCUCAAAAUUAUUAGCAAAAAUGCUUUGCAAAAGCGGAUUGACUCAUAUAAUUACAAUGGAUCUACAUCAAAAGGAAAUACAAGGAUUUUUUGAUGUUCCAGUGGACAAUUUACGUGCAAGCCCUUUUUUACUUCAAUAUAUACAAGAAUCUAUUCCAGACUAUCAUAAUUCCGUAAUAGUGGCCAGAAAUCCUGGCAGUGCUAAGAAAGCAACCAGUUAUGCAGAAAGAUUACGUUUGGGUAUAGCAGUAAUUCAUGGAGAACAGCGAGAAGCUGAAUCAGAUAUGAAUGAUGGACGCUAUUCCCCACCAGCCUUAGCAUCACGAACAAUGGAAGUUGGAGUUGGUGUCCCAAUGCAUCCUGCAAAAGAAAAACCACCAAUUAAUGUGGUAGGAGAUGUGGGUGGACGCAUAGCUAUCAUGGUGGAUGACAUGAUAGACGAUGUUCAGUCCUAUGUAGCUGCAGCAGAAGUUCUCAAAGAAAGAGGUGCAUAUAAAAUUUAUGUAUUAGCUACACAUGGACUCUUGAGCUCUGAUGCUCCAAGACUUAUAGAAGAGUCGCCGAUCGAUGAGGUUGUUGUAACAAACACAGUUCCUCAUGAUGUCCAAAAGAUGCAGUGUCCAAAAAUAAAGACUGUCGAUAUCAGUAUUCUACUGGCUGAGGCUAUUAGACGUAUUCACAACAAGGAAUCAAUGUCGUAUUUAUUUAAAAAUGUCACUUUGGAAGAUUAAAAAAUAUGAUGAAGUAAUAGAUUUUAAAUGUACUACAUGUUUCCAUAUCUGGGGACCAUACCUAAAACAUAUCUACUAAAUUCUGUUUAUUAUUUUACAGAUAUUAAUGAACAUGCUAGUCUAUGUAAAAUUAUGUCAGUGAUCAAAUUAUUUGAAUAUCUUCAUAUGUUUAGAUUUACCAUAUAUAUAUUUCCAUAUUCAUAAGACUAUGUAAGUUCUAUUAAAAAGUUUGAUGUUCGAUGUUAAUUCAAUGCUACAAUAUUAUGAAAAUUAUAUUUUAUAUUAAAGAAA